AUGAAGUGGAAUAACAUUACCCUGGCAACAGUCUUCCUUUCUCUGGCUGUACCUGGAACUGUAGGAAAUAUCAUAGUAUUCAUAAGGUAUGUGUACACUUCUGCUUUGGGGACUGAGAAAAAGCCCAUGGACCUUAUCCUCAUCCACUUGGCAUUUUCUAAUAUGAUCAUUAUUUGUACCACAGGGAUCACAGACAUAGCCACACUGUUUUAUUUCAAAAACUUCCUCGGAGAUAUUGGCUGUAAAGCUAUGGUUUUUCUGGCAAGGAUGGCACGGGGUUUAUCCAUCUGUACCACCUGUCUCCUCAGCAUGGUCCAGGCUGUCACCAUCAGUCCCAGGACCACCCUUUGGACAAAGCUAAAACCACAGACCUCAUGGCAAGUCCUUCCCUUUUUCCUCAUCUUUUGGAUGGUUAAUGUUCUCAUAAGCUCCUACUUAGUCUUCUACAUCAAAUCAGGGAACAGCUUGAACAUGUCUCUACCUGGAAUAUUCACUGACCAUUGCUAUAUGCUGCCAUCAAGACAUAAAAUCAAGUGGCUUUUCCUCUCCCUCAUGACCCUUCGUGAUGUCAUCUUUCAGAGUCUGAUGGGCUGGAGCAGUGGGUCCAUGGCUCUCCGUCUCUAUGAGCAUCACAGGCGUGUCCUCUACCUUCACAGCUCCAGGUGUGCACACAAUUCCCCUCCAGAAAUCAGAGCUACCUGGAGCGUUCUCAUUCUAAUGACCUGCUUCCUUUUCUUCUACUGGGUAGAUUUCAUUCUCUCCUUAUACACUGGUUUCACAGGGGCACAUGAUUCUAUUUUACUAAAUAUUAAAGCAGUUUUAGAAUUUGGCUAUGCUAGUUUCAGUCCUUAUGUUAUAAUUAGCAGAGACAUCCGUGCUCCUAAUGUCUUGCACGCUCACUGA